CGUAUCAGCACCGCGUGAUAAUAAAACCUCUCAACAUGAGGGUGGCGUUAGUUUUAAGUUUUCUAACGUUAUUAGUUGUUGUACAUUCGCGUCGCUUGCCUUCAAAAAGUCUUGAACAAAGUGCGGACCUUGAAACUAAAGAUCAAGCAUCUGCUGCUACGGAACACAAAAAAGAAGCUCCAAAGAAUCACGAAUACAAAAAGGGAGGCGGCAAGGAGCACCAUGCCCAUCAUCAUCACGACCAUGAAGAGAAGGGUAUAAAGGGUUACAAGGGGCAUCAUCAUCACGAAAAGGGUGAGAAGGGACAUCACGAUAAGGAGCACCACAAGGGUGAGUAUGAUGACCAUGGUGCACAUAAGAAAGAACAUCAUCAUCACGACGGUCAUUAUGAUGAAUACCACAAGGGUGAGAAAGGCGAGAAAGGUCAUAAGUACGAAGAAAAAGGACACUACGACAAAGGUCACUCCACGAAAGGACAUCACGAAAUACACAAGCUUGACGAAUUCAAGAAAGAUAAACACUUCUUUGAUGAAGAGGGUGAUUCCGGCCACGAAGAGAAACAUGGUGGAUUCCACGAGGAACAUGGUCACAAGAAGGGCGGCCACUUCCACAAAGGUCAUCAUCAUGGUGAUCAUCACGAGAAAGAACACGGUGAGAAAGGUUUCCAUGAAAAGGGCGGCCAUCACCAUGAACACAAGGGACACAAGGAGUCCGGCGGCCAUGAUGAACAUCACAAACAUCACCACGACCACGGCAAGAAGGGUGACCAUGCACACCACAAGAAAUAUGGAUAUAAGAAGGGCAACUGAAAAUACCUCCAGGAACUGGCUGAAUGAAGUACAGCGGUUGACAGACGACGCUAGUGAUUACGGAUUUAUUUAUUUUCUUGGAACUGUGACUUAUCUAAUGACAGUGCACUCUAUACUGCGAUUGCGUAUACGUGGGGGCAUAAAUAUAUAGGUAAUUAAUAACUAAAUUAUUAUUUUGUAUAUUAAGGAACUAAAUAAGUCAUUUA